AUGUUGUUCGAGGGUGGCAGGCUCGAUACACCUGUUCCCACCGACGCCUCUAUCUGGAACUGGCUCUUUGACAACGCCGCUCCUCACUGCAAGUCCAAUCGACAGCAGACUGGCGGUUUUCGCGACGCACAGACCGACGAGUUCAUCUCCUAUGCAUCUUUGAGGUCGUUGGCGACGUACUUGUCCACAUCGCUAGCCUUGAGAUAUGGCAUCAAGCCCGGCAGCCAUGUCACAAUCUUCUGCAGCAACAGUAUCUGGUACCCGGUACUGACGUUCUCGACCGUUCGGCUCGGAGCCAUUGUGACCGGAUCAUCGCCUGAAUACGGCGUUGAGGAGAUGACUUACAUCCUCAAAGCCAGUGAAAGCGAGCUUGUCUACGCCGAUCAGGGAUCGUGGGACACGGUCUGCAAAGCGGCCGCCAACCUCGGCCUUCGCGAGGACAGGGUGAUCCUGAUGCGCAGUGAAGCCGACGUACGCGGGCAGCCGGGAAAAGUCUCCAUUCAAGAUUUGAUCACCGAGGCCAAAAGCCGCGGCGAGAAUGGGCAAGUCGAGGCUUGGACCAUCGCGAAGGGCCGAUCAAAUAGAGAGUUUCCCAGUUUCUUGUCUUUUACCAGUGGGACCACCAGUCUGCCAAAGGGCGUCAUGAUAUCCCAUCAUAACGUCAUUGCGCAACUGAUGCAGAUGCGGUCUUUGACAACCGAAAUCUGCCCGAAAUCACUGCUAGGAGUGUUACCACUCUAUCACAUUACCGGGAUUGUUCAGAUCCUCCAGCUCCCGCUGGUUCUGAACCAGCAGGUCGUUAUGAUGCCCAAAUUCAACAUGCAGCAGAUGCUCGACGUCAUCUACAAGUAUAAAUGCGAUGAAUUGUGGCUUGUUCCGCCGCUACUCAUCCGCCUCGUCAACGAUCCGGUAGCUGCCAAAUAUGACCUCCCGUUUGUGCAACAGUUUAACACCGGUGCAGCACCCCUCGCCAGAGAGAUCAUUGAGAAGUUGGUCAAGCGAUUCCGUCAUAUUCGGAUCCGGCAGGCCUGGGGCAUGACAGAGAGCACUUCCGCGAUAACCCUCACGCCGCCCUCUGAUCAGACGUACGAAAAUGCCCACACGGUGGGAAAGGUAGUGCCGGAGACGGUGGUCAAGAUCAUCGAUCCGGAGUGCGAUGGCGAGGGCGAGAUUGUGCUGGGGGUCGGCCAGAGUGGCGAAGUCCUUGCCAAGGGUCCCCAGAUCACCAUGGGAUACUACAACCGGCCGGAAGCAACGGCGGAGGCCUACGACUCGAGCGGGUUUCUGCAUACCGGUGACAUCGGGUACAUGCGGGAAGAUGGCUUCUUGAUCAUCCAUGAUCGACUGAAGGAGAUGAUUAAGGUCAAAGGCGUGGGUAUUGCCCCGGCAGAACUCGAAGACCUGCUCUUGGGCCAUCCUCUGGUAAGCGAUGCCGGCGUGAUUGGCAUCCCUGAUUCCUAUGCCGGCGAGGUCCCCAAGGCAUUCGUCACUCUCGUUGACCCGACGAAAGCCAAUCAAGAAACACUCAAAAUGUUGAUCGACUUCGUGAAGCAAAAGAAAUCUCGGCCGAAAUGGUUGGCUGGCGGCAUCGAGUUUGUGGAUGCGGUGCCCAAGAGUGCGAGCGGCAAGGUGCUGAGGCGGGUACUGAAGGAAUUAGAGAAGGAACGGGCGGCACAGAGGACAAAGAGUCAAGGCGCAAAGCUGUAA